AUGUCGUCCGAACAGCCAAACAAGGAUGGAGACCGAGUCGACAUGAACAUUAACCCCUCGGCCUCAAUCGACUACUGGAAUAGCAUCCCCGCAACAGCAGGCGGCAUGCUCGGAAUGCUAGGUGCAUAUCCCUGGUACUCUCGCAUCGACCUCAGAGGAUCAAAGACCUUCCUAGGGAAAGUCCGGCGGCUGAUACCCGGAUGCCCGACCGAAGGAAAGCUCAACCAAGCCGCCGACUGUGGGGCUGGAGUUGGACGAGUAACAGAGGGCUUUCUUAGCCAGGUCUGCGAUGUGGUUGAUGCUGUUGAGCCUGUGGCGAAAUUCACGCAGGUUAUAAACGAGAGUCCUCUCAAAAGCUCUAAUGUGGUUGGGGAUGUUUACACGAUUGGCCUUCAGGAUUGGAAUCCGGACAAGAAGUAUGAUUUGAUAUGGAUCCAGUUCUGCAUCGGACAUUUGAAUGAUCACCAAUUGGUGGAAAUUAUCAAGCGAUGCUGUGCUGCAUUGACGGAAACUGGGGUUAUUGUGCUGAAGGAGAAUAUGUCGACUGACUCGCAAGGGCAUGAUAUGUAUGACGAUGAGGACAGCAGUGUGACGCGGACAGACGCCAAGUUCCGGUCCCUUUUUGAAGACGCGGGAAUGAGGGUCAUCACAUCGGAGAUUCAAACGGGGUUCCCGAAGAAUUUCAAGCUUUUGCCGGUUCGGUUUUAUGCGCUGCGGCCGAAGACUUAG